UUAUUUCAGUUUCCGUCUACCACUGACAGGGAUUCGGUCGUACCGGGGCUACAGAAGACACCUGCCCAAGAUGUCACGCAGUGGGGCUGCAAACAUCUUACCUCGCACCUUGCGCAAACUUUUAUAUAUUUAUAUUAAUAUACUUGAAUAUAUAUAUUAAAAAUGGGCAAGGCCGGUUUAUGGGAUUACCUUAGGUUUCCCGCCCAUAAAGGUUUAGCUUUAUAGUGUAUCGUCAGAUCCCAAAACCUGUUAGCCCAAGACCACACACACACGCACAGAUACAUAUAAAAGGUACACACACAACCAACUGCCUGAACCAGCAUCCUAAUUAACAACAGCUCUGCAGUAAAUGCAAGCUCUCUCUCUCUCUCUCUCACACACACACAUACACACACGGCUAUUAAAUUAGCUGUGUAAAUUUCUCAGCGUAGGAGCUGACCCAACUUGACCUUAAUUGAUGUCAGCAUUAAGAUGGGGAAGAGAGGAGGGAAAAAGAGAAAUACAAAUAAGAAAUGUCCAGAAACAGUUCAGUUUCAUUUCUUGGAGAACCAGGAAGUUAUCGGCAAAAUUGGAACACAGUUCCAAAUUAUGUUCAUCAUGAGAGGUUUACCAGGGUCUGGUAAAUCAACAUUGGCCGAAAGCAUCACUGACCUCUGUCCCACUGCUGUCGUCUGUUCCUCUGACCAUUUCCUCACGGAGAAUGACAUUUACAGUUGGACGCCAGAGAGAUGUAACUUUGGCCACAAGUAUUGUUCAGAACUGGCUUCACGGAGUUGUGAAAUGAAAUGUCCAAUCAUUGUAAUUGAUAAUACAAACAUUCAGAAAAAAGACGUUAACGUUUAUACUGACAUAGCUUCUAAAUAUGGUUAUAUCACCAUUCUGGUAACCCCAAAUACACCCUGGAAGUUUGAUGCUUUCCAACUUGAGAAGCGCUGCUCUCAUGGAGUCCCUUUGCAUGCAAUACGGUACAAACUUACAUUGUAUGAUGAAAUCACACCAAUUUUCUAUGCCUGGUUUCUAGCCCAGGAAGAUGCCAACCAUAUCACAGAAAUGGCUUUAGAAUUGUUCCUUCAGUCCUUGAAAGAAAUUCCAGAAUUUUCUCUCCAGUUAUCAGCAAUGUAUGAUACAGAGACAGAUUAUAACCCAAAACAUCAUUAUGAUUCCUCAGAAAUAAUUCUGUCUUACUGCGUUGCUCACUUUCAUUCUGGAAAUACCAAUUUCCACAAGAGGAAAUCAGUGAAGAAAUCUAUUGGGAAAACCUUCCAGCUUUGCGUUUCUCAAAUUCUUAUCACUCCUAAUAUUCUUGCUGCUUUGGUUAAUCUUUCUGAAGAACAAUUGGAAAUCUAUGGUGAAUCAGAACUUGGCAGUCCUUGUGGAAAAGAAGAAGAAGAAGAAGAAGAAGAAGAGGAGGAACAAGAACAAGAGUUCACUGUUGUUGGCAAAAAAUCACACCAAGAUAGGAAAAGGAGAAAAUCUAGUACUGAAAAUGUUUUGUCUGAAGAAUCGAUGGAAAUUCUAAAACAUGCUGUUGAAGACAAACUUCAGUGUGUUUUGUCUCAGAUAACACCAGGCGUGGGUUUUAAUCGUCCUGGAAAGCAAAAUCUGAAAGAAGCAGAGUUUGGAAGUAAUGCAGGAAAGGAAUCUAUUGAUGUUAGUAAUUCAUUAACUGGAAAUGACCAAGACAGCUUGAACCAUUCCAGUCGACAGGCAUCUAAGGAAAAUAAUGAGAACAGUCAAAACCAUGGCAAGUUAAAAUCUAAUGCUGUUGAAAUUCCAGUGCUAGGAGAAAAUAGUUCUAAAAGAUACCAACUGAAAGAAAUUAGAAAUGUUGGUGAGGUUACAGAGACAAGACAAGAAGAUGAAGUUACUCAAAAGAAUACAGUCCAAUGCGGUCGAUUUCAAACAGAUGCUGAACCGACAAAGAAGAAUGUGAACAUUACAAAGGGUCGGCAUGCUUAUAUUUUAUUGGCCAGUCGAGAUAAAAUAGACUUUAAUGAGAUUUCUAAAGAGAUAAGAAAAGUUUCAGAGUUGAAAGAUGAGAAAGAAGGAAACCUGAAGCAAUUUUUGAAAUUUUUUGCUGACAACGCACAAGGUUUCUAUUUUGGAAACGGGACUUUUUUGAUGAAUUUAACAAAAAAUAUAUAUUUGAACAGCAUUUAUGCAUGUCAGUAUUAAAUUUGAGGACAGUAGGUUAACAGUGAUGGUGAUGAUUCUGAGUUCAAAUCCCAUCAAACUCAUCACUACUUGUCUUCCUUCUGAGGUUGGUAAAACCAAAUCAUUAAAUACCUGUGAAGUUCAGAGAUUAAUUUGUUCAACUAUUUGUUAUUAAAUUUGGCAUUUUUAAAAAUGA